AUGAAUGUCCCGGUAUUUCUUCCUCUACCAGUACUCGGUCAUGCCAUAAUUGAUGAUCUACCAGUAUUAAAGUUGACAAUUCCAUUAAAUUCAGACGAGUUUGAUUGGGAAUUAAUGCUUCGACAUCUGGCCGAUGAUUUGGAAGUGAAUAAAGAUGAAAUUCUUAUUUUAGAAGCCACGAAAGGUAGUACAACUUUGAAAAUAGUUCCCAAGGAGAAAAUACUACGUGAUAAGGAGAAGUUGGAGAAGAUUAAAAAAAAGUUUAGUCUAAUUAUCAAAGAUGCUGGAACUAAAAACUCGACAAGCAAAAUCGAUGAGUAUUUGAAAAUGGCAUCAAUUGAAGUACAUAAAGAUUUUUACCUGAUUCCUUCAAUCAUUGCAGAGCUUCAAAAUUUCGAUAAAGUGCUUAAUGAUGAAGUAAUUAUUCCGGAUAAUAUUGAUUUAUUUUUUGAAUUAAACGAACGACCAACUAUUAUUGACGAUCAAACAUGGGAACUCUUGAAAAAGAAAAGUCAACAGUUAAGCAUUGUUAUUUAUGAUUCAUUGAGAAAGUGUAACGAGGAAUAUAUUAUCAGCAACAUGUCACUAGUCUAUAAUGAAGAACUUGUAAAUGGCUUUAUCAAGUGA